GUGUGUGUGUGUAUAAAGCUCCAGCUGAUUCCAUCUCGUCUCAUUUUCAGCUCGUUGAGGAACAUCGACAGACGACCAGAAACAUGAAGGCUUAUCUGCUGCUGCUGCUGCUGCUGCCUCUCUGCUCAGCCCAGAAGAAGUUUAGCAUUGAGUGUUAUGGUCAUGACUUCCUGAUGGUGAACAACCUGCUGCUGCACUGUAGCAGCAAAAUGGAGCAAGCCUGUUACACUAAAGAUAACGGAGAGAAAGGCUGCGUCCGGCUGGAGUUCUGCUCUCGACCCGGCUGGACCUGCUGCCACACGGACCGCUGCAACGCCUGAGCCAAUCACAGCCCGGCUCCAACGCCUCAGCCAAUCACAGCCCGGCUCCAACGCCUCAGCCAAUCACAGCCCGGCUCCAACGCCUCAGCCAAUCACAGCCCGGCUGCAACGCCUCAGCCAAUCACAGCCCAGAAAACUCUGACAUCAUCAAACCAUUAAUCAAUAAAGGCUGAGGAAGAUUUCCCAGAAUGCU